AAGCACACUAAAUUAAGAACCGGUUCUGUUCACCUUGAUCGGUCCAACUUACCCCGAAACCACCGGUUCACUUUUUUGUCUUUCUAAUUUUUUUAUUUUUUUUUUAAUUUUUUUCUUUCUUGUUCUUCUUCUUUCUCUUCUUAUCUCGUUUUUCACAUAUACUUUCUCUCUCGAACACCGACCCACCCACAAAUACACCGACCCGAAAAUUGAACGAGUCAAGUUCAGCUCCGAACCCGUUUAGCUACCUCAAAUGAACGAUGAAUCUGGUUUUGAAGUUUUGAACUGUGUUGUUUGAUUUUGAAUUGGAGAAGGAAGUUAAAAAUAUAGGGUUAGGGUUUUUCUGUAAAGCAUUGGUUUAGUUUGAGGGUAUAUUGGGAAUUGAUUGUUGUUAGGGUUUGGAUUGAGACGGGAAGAUUGGCGUGGGUUAGAGGAUAAUGUGUAUACUGUGUGUGAUUCAGAAGUGUUCUCGCCGGGUUGCUACAAUGCUACCUUGGUUGGUUAUUCCUUUGAUUGGUUUGUGGGCACUUUCUCAGCUUCUGCCACCUGCUUUUAGGUUCGAGAUUACUUCGCCUAGACUGGCUUGUGUUUUUGUGUUGUUGGUUACUCUGUUUUGGUAUGAGAUUUUGAUGCCUCAGUUGUCGGCUUGGAGGGUGAGGAGGAAUGCUAGGCUUAGGGAGAGGAAGAGGUUUGAAGCUAUAGAAAUGCAGAAACUGAGGAAGACAGCUACUAGGAGGUGCCGCAACUGCUUGAAUCCUUAUAGGGAUCAGAACCCUGGUGGGAGUCGGUUUAUGUGUUCCUAUUGUGGGCAUCUUUCUAAGAGACCAGUUUUGGACUUGCCUGGGUUGCAAGAGUUGCAGAUUUCGAAUACUGGUAUAGUUAAGGAUUUUGUUGGAAAAAGUGGUAAGAUAUUGAAUGGCAAGGUUUGGUCUGAAAAUGGGUGGAUGUGCAGUCAGGACUGGUUGGAGAAUGGAAAUUGGGCUGGUGGUUCUGUUUUAGGUAAUCCUAUCAACUGGAAGCUGUAUGGGAAUUGCAGUGUUUUUGGGGGAGAUGAGCAUUGUUUGACAUCCAGGUCAUAUUCUGGAAUUCUGGUUUUUGUUUGCAGGCUUUUGGCAUCUUUUUUCUUGACCAUUAGGUGGCUUUGGAGAAAGAUAUUUAGAAUUCGUUCAAGGGAAGAGAAUGGGGAAAACCUCAUGGCAAAAAGGGAUGAGAAUGGGGAAAACCCGAAUGAAAGUAGAGUGGAAAGAGCACGCAGGAAAGCCGAGGAGAAAAGACAGGCUAGGCUAGAGAGAGAACUUUUGGAGGAGGAAGAGAGAAAACAGAGGGAAGAGGUUGCAAAGUUAGUGGAGGAGCGUAGGAGGCUGAGAGAUGAGACAAUGGAAGCUGAAAAAGAUAAGAGCAAAUUAUCACAUACCAGUAAGGAGAAAGACCGAAGGAAGGAAGCUGAAAAGAAGCGCCAGGAAAGAAGAAAAGAGAAAGAUAAAGGGUCUAGUAAGAGCAAUUCUGAUGUAGAAGAGAUUGAAAAAAGUGCUACCAAAGAAAGUGAGCGAAAGCGGGAGUUUGACAAAAAGAGUGAAACUGAUCGUAGAGAGCAUCAGAAAUCUGGAUUAGAGAGUGGCAAAGGACAUAGUACAGAUACUGCACAUAGUAAAAAUUUUGUUGCAAACAGUUAUAACCGAGGAAGUACUGGGACAAGGUACCUUGAUCGCAUGCGUGGUACAAUUUUGUCUUCUUCAAAAGCACUUGGUUUUGGAAAGGGUGCUAAUAUUCCUGCUACUGUGGUGAAAGAAAGCAAGUCUAACAAUUCCGUAGAUCAUGUUCAUACUGCUUCCAGCAGGAGAGAUAUAUUUCCUCCUGAACGUCCAGCUGCUAAAUCCAAUUUGAAUGGAGAUGCUAAGAAUAUCAAUCAUUCUGUUCUCCCUGAACCACAGCCACGGGCUGUACCUAAAAUGUCAUGGCAGCAAUUAUUUACUCGUUCCUCAUCUGUUCCUAAAUCCUCAAAUUCAAAUGUAAUAUGUAGACCAAAUUCCAAAAGUCAAGUUGAAGCCAAAAGCCCUCAGUUAUCUGGCCAGGCACCAAUUGCACAAUCAUUUAACAACCCAAUUCAGUUUGGUCUUCCAUCACCAUUUAAUAUUUCUACUCAUCUUAAUGGUUCAACUAGUAGUAGUAGUAGUCUAGGUUUCUCUCCUGCAAUUGAACCUGUAUUAUCCCCUGUUGUAAAUACAUCACAUGAGUUUAGGUAUGAAGAGCAAGAGCUUUUUGAAGACCCCUGUUAUGAUCCAAAUCCAUUAUCCUUGCUUGGACCUGUUUCUGAGUCACUUGAUAAUUUUCAGUUGGAUUUCGGAAGUGGCUUUAUGAAAGACACAGAAGUAAUUAAACCUCGCUCUUUAAGAAACACAUCUGGUACUGACGUCAACAAGCCAUCUCCAAUUGAGUCCCCAUUGACCCGAGAAAAGAAUAACAGUUCUAAUAGAUUUACUAGUACCCCCCAGGCCCAAGACAUACAUCCAUUUCCUUUGGAUGAUGCAGCUGCAAUUGAGAAGGGAACAUGGCAGAUGUGGAGUAGUUCACCUCUUGGUCCGGAAGCUUUAGGUUUUGUUGCUGGCCCAGAAAGUUGGCUUUUGUCCUCACAAAGGAACCUACCAACCAUUGGUACCUUUAUUCCCCCAGCAUGUCAGAAGACUGCAGCUACUGUUUUUAACAAAGACGAUAAUAUAAUUUCCAGUAGCUAUUCUGCGCAGAAUGUUUUUCUUCCUAAUGGUAACAGUGGAAGGACCAUCAGCCCCGUUGCAGUUUCAACUGGUUAUGAUCCUUGGUUACAAAAAGGUCUCUUUCCACCUAUACCUUCCGGCCUUAAAACUCAUGAGACUGCUCAGAAUGAAAUGAUAUAUGGGAGUCCAAGUGGAUCUUCUAGCAGCAAUGUGCUCGAGUGUUCUCCAGCUAACGGUUGGUCCAAAAAUGAAUGGUUUGUACAUGGUUCUGGGCAAAGCAUAGGGAAUUCAUCUGCGUCAAUUCUCCAUAAUGGUAGUCCAAAGUAUCCAUCAUCAGAUGUACAUUCAUUUUGGUCAUCUGAUUAGAAAGAUGGUAGUGACAGGGUAAGAGGGACUUUAUAAACUAAACUGUUCUUAAGGCCAAUUCCAUUUUUUUGGGGGUGGGGGAGUCUAGAAUACUGGAAGCAUUGUAUCUUCCUUUCUUGUUUAUGAAGGAAGGUUGAUGUUUACUUAAUGUUAUAGCAUCGAUAGGAUUACAUGCACGUUGUGCAUGGCUUUUCUAAGGCAGGUAACAGAGGUGUCCCCUUUUUGAUAUGAAAUUGUUCUUUGGAGAAUGGAAAGUUCACAUUCCCUCCCUUGUCACUAUCUUCAAUUAUGACAUCUUAAUGAAAAAUAAAACUUAUACUAA